GGGAAGGAGGGAGGGACCAGGCAGGAGGCCUGGCUAGGCAAAAGGGAACUGAGCUACAGAAGGAGGAAGCGGCCUAGGCAGAAAAGGGCCUCAUGAGCCGGGCCUGAGCGAGUUCCUAGCACGACCUUAAUUAUUUAGGGAAGAAGGUAUAUCCAGGUUGGGACAGGAAUAGGAUAUGUUGCCAAUGGGUGAAGCAGCCUUAUCACUGAACAACGUUGGAGAGACCUUGGAGGAUGAAGAUGACAUGACAUGUGGAGACUUAGGAAAUGGACUUGUUAAAAGACAUUGUGGUCUAUACGAACCUGAAGGCUUCAGUGCACAUGCAAUUAAGCCUAGAAGAUGUUCAGCAGGGAAAAGUGUCAGCCCGUUAAUGUUGGUUAAGAAAGAAGACUCUGAUGUUCAAGUUCUUCGUUGUUCAAGGUGUAACAGUUUGAGUGACAUGCCUGUCAAGAAAUGUGGAAUGAAUGAAUUUCGAACCUACAGUCGACAAAACAGUUCUGAGUCUAAUUCCGAAGCAUCAAAUGAAGAAUUAAAGCAGCAGCUUCAAGAAGUUGUGGAGGAAGUAGAAAUUUUAAGAGUUGAGUUGGAAGCAUCUCAAAGACAACUUGAAGGCAAAGAGCAAGCCUUAAAACUUCUGCAGAGCAUGGCCGUGUUGGAUAAAGCCACUAGUCAUACUAAAGCAAUUUUCAAAAAAACAGAAGAGCAAAAGAAAGCUUUAGAAAAGGAAAUAAAUGUUCUACAGUGGGAAAUGAAAAUUAACCAGGAGAAAUUUAAAAAUAUCGAGGAGGCUUGGGCAGAAAAAUAUGACAGCAUAUAUUGUGAAAAUGCGGCACUUAAAGAAACACUUAAAUUGAAAACAGAAGAAAUUAAAUCACUGAAGUCUGAAAAAGAAAUUUUGGAUCAACAACAUUUGGAGAUUCUUGCAAUGCUUGAUGUUAAGCAACAGAAGAUUGUUCAGGAGAAUCUGUCCCUUAGCAAGAGUGGUCUUACAGAGAUUACAGGACUUGAAAUGGCAGUACUUGGAGCCUGCACUUGUAAUGGUCCUGAGGGAGAGCCAUGUUCAUGUGCUAAGAUGUCAGCUGCAACCCGAAAAAAACUUCUUCAACUUAACAAAGAGUUUGAACUUCUGAAGAAGAGCAAAGAAGAGGCUUAUAUAAUGGCAGAUGCUUUCCGAAUUGCGUUUGAGCAGCAGCUGAUGCGGAGGAAGGAUCAGGCUCUGAGGCUUGCACAGAUGAGUAAGAGCUGCAGAAAAGAAACGAAAUCAUUAAACUGGAAACACAUCAAGGAGGAUGGUGCUUUCAGAUCUCAAGGAAUUAAGAAAAGCUUGGGAGAAAGGUUGAAGGGCAUGCUUAUAUCAGGCACCGACAGUAAGAAACUGGAAGAACUGGACAAUCCCCAUGAGAUCAUCAGAAUGUUAAUAGACUUGUUGAAUGACAAAGAAGAAAUUUUGGCCCAUCAAAGGAAAGUUAGCUAUAUGCUGGCUCGUACAUUGGAAAAGAAAGAAAAUGGUUCACAGAAUAAAGCAAAGAAACUUUCAGAAGAGCUUCCUCUUCGAAGCAGUCAAUGUGGAAACGAUUCAAAGCCCCAAGAGGUGGCUAUUCCUUUGUGUUCCUGUUGCCAAACAUAUACUGUUGAAGAUGGCUCUUGUUCUGUUUCUAACACGUGUUCCAGCAGAACUCUAGAUUGUAUGUCUACGAAUUCACAUUCCACAACAUCUGAAGAAAACGAUAAUUUAGAAGAAUGCAAUACAAACUGAAGUUAUGCAGUCAAUGCAAAUUGAAGUUAUGGGCUCUUCUGUAGGGAGGUGUGGAGCUUGAAGGGAAAAUGGCAAAUCAAC